AUGAUCGCCACCGGUGGCCUCCUGAGGAUAUCCGCCAGAAAGCAGGAUCCCCUCCGGCCCCCCAGCCAGGUUCCUAAGCGCAAGAGGAAAGCCAAAAAGAGGCGUAAGAACGACGUGGUGGUGGUGAAAGGCAAAUUAAAGCUGUGCUCCAUCUCGGGGCUUAUUGCCCUUUGCGGGAUCCUAGUGCUGUUGGUGGGUAUAGCCAUGGCCGUGGUGGGUUACUGGCCGAAGGGCAACGCAGCCAACAGAGGAGGCGGCAAGCAGCUACCGCCUGUGGAGGGUAGCCAUCGCUUUGGGACCACUGGCAACAACAGCAGUGGCAGCAAAAACCCAACCAAGAGCCACUCUGGGACCCCAGGGGGUGUCAACUCUAGUUCUGUGGGCGGGCCCAGGAGUUCGCCUCCUACUAGAUCUGCAGCCACAUCCUCUUCCUCCUCCUCCACAUCGGUGGGCUUCUUCUUCCGAAUCGUCUCAGGCUACUUGCACUCAGACAAGCUCAAGGUCUUUGGGCCCCUCAUCAUGGGUAUCGGCAUCUUCCUCUUCAUUUGCGCCAACGCGGUGCUCCAUGAGAACAGGGACAAGAAGACCAAGAUCAUCAAUCUGCGGGACCUCUACUCGACCGUCAUCGACGUGCACAGCCUCCGCGCCAAAGAUCUGGCGGCAGCAGCAGCUGCAGCCGCUGCAGCCGCAGCUUCCUCCUCCACCACCGCCCCGGGCUCUGCUCCCCCUAGGGCAGCGCCGCUCAAUGGCUUUCUCAGCUACGUGCAAUCUCGGGGUCUGGAGCUGAAACCUGGUAGCUGCACGGGCUCUGCAGAUGCCUUCGGGGCCACUGCAAUGCUGACCAGAGGCUCAUGGCCCCACCCCGCCGGGAUGGGCGGAGGCGGCGGUGUGACUCGAGAUGCAGGGUCCCCGCCGGACCUGGUUUCAUCUCCGCGCUGUCCCCGGGAGCCCCCGAGCCUGGCCGAGGCGGUGUACAGUAUCUACCGUGAGCGCUCCAGCGGGGCUGGCCAUCGCCGGACCACAGUUGCCGCGGUAGCUGCGGCCACUGCCACUGUCACCGCGGCCGCCAGUGGCAGCAGUAGUCCGGCGCCCUGCAGCCCUACCGGGAGUUGGGGUCGCCAGAGCACCACCAGUUCCCUCGUGGGCUCCUCACUGAGCGCCUUUGCACUGAUGCCUUUGCAAGGGGACCGGGACAGAGAUGGGGACUCGGAGGGAGCAAGCUGCAGCUGGCACAGGCCGCCCGGGGAACGAGGAUCCCGGGAUCUCCCGAGGGAAGAACUGGACCUGAGCCUGACUGACCUCCGGGGAGCCGAAGGCGGGGCGCGCUGGGCGUCCGGUGAGCCGGAGGAGCCCGAGGGCUCGGCGACAGCAUGCACCGCCAGGGGGCAGGGCGGCCGCCUGCCCAGGACCGGCAGGUACGCGACCUGGCGGCGCCGCAGCACCAGCGGGCUCCUGGACUACCGGGCUCAACCCUCGCCGGAGCCCCCUCCCUCCCCGCACGCAGCGGACUUGGACUCCAGCCCUCCGGACACAGCCGCCACGCCCUCGCUCCCUCUGUGCCCCGAGGACACGCCCCUCGUCCGUCGGGACUCCCAGGGAUCUCAGUCGGUUGAGCAGUCCUGCAGCAAUAAGGGCUACACCCCCCUAAGGGAAGCCGACACCUCUGUGGAGUCGGUCGUGGACGUGGUGGCCCGGAAAAGGCUAGACUGUGUGGAUGCCACGGAUCCCGGUGCCGAACCUAGCUCCCCGGAGCGUUCCAGUCCAGAGACAAGUAGGGCGGAGCAGCCUCGGUUUGUGCAGAGGCAGUUUACAAACAAGGAGAAACUCUUUCUGAUUUCCAGGUCUCACACCCCAGGAGUAGAGGACCCGGAACUGGAAAACUCUUCUUCCACCUAGGGAGGGGGGGGGGGCAGGGAAAGGAGAGUCCCACUGGAACCCCUACAUUAACCCCAAUCCAUUUCCUUGUGGACAGGUCCGAGGAAACCAUUCAAUAUCCAAAGAGCUGCAGGAUGUUAUCCUUGAAUUGCGUUCACAAGAUUCGUGUAGACAACAACUUAAAAAAAAAAAAAAGUUGUCUUUUUAUGUCCGAUGGUGAUUGUAUGUUCCAUGAAAACCAGAUGUAUUAUAAGGUCACAAUUUAGUUCAUUAGAUAAAAUCUCUUUAAUUUUCCUAGGCUCAAAAUAAUAUAUUUUUGACAAUAACUCUGCACUUUACUCCAAUUUUUCUUUGUCCCUUCUCCCGACUUCCCCUGCCCUCUACUCUGCUGCUGACCUUGUCCAUAGCUGCUUGUGAAUAAAUGACAAGCUUUUUGAUUUUCCUCUUCUUGAAGAGCCUCGAAGAGUCGGUUCUCUUAGAACUGAUCUCUCUAGGUGACGUCAAAGCCUAAAGCACGAACUUGGAGAGAGGGUUCCCUUGCCUUACCCUGCUCCCGGCUACAGCUGUCCAAAGGACUCUAUUUUUCAAAAGGAUCUUUGCAUUUUGCUACCAGGGUAUGUGGCGGGCGCCAGCAACUAGACUGGACUGUUAAUUCCUUAACUCACAAUACCAAGUCCACCAUGUGUUACUGAGUAUUAUUACACCUGUAUGGAAGGUAACAUUAGUAUUUAAAGUCUUUUUUUUUUUAAAUAAAAAGUUUCCAAACAGUUAAACAUAACCUUGCCUCGUUUUGCCUGGGAACUCGUGACUCCAGAGCACAGUCAACAAACAGUGAACAAUGUCUCUCGUAAAUCCAAAGUAUUCGUCUGUUAA